AUGUCUCUCGGUCCCCCGUCAUCUGCUUUGCACCUCCAGGCUGCCCCGUCCACCUCCACUUCCACUGCGCGCACCCCAUCAUCUGUAUCUAUCCACCCUGUUGCCCUCUUUACCAUCCUCGACCACUAUCUUCGCCGCACUGACACUCAAGAGCGCGUCAUCGGGACUCUCCUCGGUACGCGGUCUGAGAAUGGCGAAGUCGAAGUUCGCUCUGCGUUCGCCGUCCUGCACAGCGAGACCAGCGAGCAGGUUGCGGUAGACAUGGAGUACCACCGCGCCAUGUAUGAGCUUUCACAACGCGUGAGCCCGAAAGACGCAAUCGUCGGAUGGUACUCGACAGGAUCGAACCUGAACACGUAUUCCGCUUUGAUCCAAAAUUUCUACUCUCAAGAAACAGCACCACAUCUUGCGAUUCACGUUGCGCUCAGCACGGGUACCGUCGAGGGAGAAGAGGCUGGCGUAAAAGCCUACACCAGCUCUCCCGUUGGCGUCUACCCGAAACCCGAGAACGCCGUGUUCGUACCCAUCCCUGUCGAUCUUCGCUUUAACGAUGCCGAGCGCAGUGGUUUGGAUCUCCUCUCCUCCCCCGCCUCCACCCUCCCUAUAUCUGAUCUCUCAAAACUCGAAUCAUCUCUCCAAACCGUUGUCGCCAUGCUCGAUCGCGUCCUUUCCUACGUCCGCGCCGUGCUUGCUGGCGAGAAGAAGGGAGAUGCCGCCGUCGGGCGCUAUCUUAUGGAUACCUUCGGUACGGGGACAGAGGAGCUCGAAAAGGGCGGCUUUGCGAACAGCUUGCAGGAUACUCUCAUGAUGUCCUACCUCGCGAACCUCGUGCGCGCUCAAGCGGAGGUCUCCUCGCGACUUGCUCUCGUCACUGCCUCACAGUCGUAG